UUUUUUUUCUUCUAUUGAGCUAAAUUCGAUUACGAAGAUGACUUCAUCAGUAGUUCCAAAGGUGUCUAUUGCACCUUCCAUUCAGGAAUUUAGUAUCAGAGUACCAAAAAAUAAUAAGAAAAAGCACAAUGUAAUGCGUUUCAAUGCGACAUUGAAUGUUGAUUUUUCAAAAUGGACACAAGUAAAAAUGGAACGUGAAAAUAAUAUAAAGGAAUAUAAAGGUAUAGAAGAGGAGAUGCCAAAAUUUGGAGCUGGAUCUGAAUUUGGACGAGAUGCAAGAGAAGAAGCUAGGAGGAAAAAGUUUGGUAUUACAAGUAGAAAGUAUAAACCAGAAGAUCAACCAUGGAUUUUAAAAUCUGGUGGAAAAACUGGAAAAAAGUUCAAAGGUAUAAGGGAAGGAGGUGUGAGUGAAAAUGCUGCAUAUUAUGUUUUUACACACGCUGCUGAUGGAGCUAUAGAAGCUUUUCCAUUACAUGAAUGGUAUAAUUUUCAACCAAUUCAAAGAUACAAAGCACUAAGUGCAGAAGAAGCAGAGCAAGAAUUCAGUCGUAGAAAUAAAGUAAUGAAUUAUUUUUCAUUGAUGUUGCGUAAAAGGCUUAGAAAUGAUGAGGAAGGUGCUGAUGAUGAAGAACUGAUAGAUGGUGGAAAGAGUAAAAAGCCAAGUAAAAAGGAAAAAGACUUAAAAAUAUCUGAAAUGGAUGAGUGGAUGGACAGUGAUGAUGAUUCAGUUUCUAAUGAUGAUGAAACUAAAAAGAACUCUGAUGAAGAAGAGGAUAAUAAUAAGAAGAAAAAAGGCAAAGUUAAUACUCAGAAAAAGAAAAAGAAGAAUGCUUCCGACGAUGAGGCAUUUGAAGAAAGUGAUGAUGGAGAUGAAGAAGGCAGAGAAUGUGAUUACAUUUCUGAUUCUUCAGAUUCUGAAUCAGAAUUAGAACAGCAAAAAGAAAUUAAGUCGGUUGCAGAAGAAGAUGCUUUAAGAAAAUUACUUGCUUCUGAUGAAGAUGAAGAUGAUGAAGAACAGGCAGAUAAAAAGGAUGGCGAUGAAGAUAAAGAUGAAGAUGAUGAACAUAAAGAAAAGGAUGAUAAGGAUAAAGAGAAGACUAACAAAGAUGCAGAUAAAAAAAGAGAUAAAAAGAAAAAGAAAAAGCAAUCUAAGAAAAAGGAUUUAAAGAAAAUUACAUCAGGAAAAGAUUCUUCUAGCGAGUUUUCUAGUGACUCCGGUUCGGAAUCUGAUACAGUAAAAGAAAAAGAUAACAAAAAAUCAAAUAGUGCACAUAGUUCAAGAUCCGCAACACCUACACCUGCUGGUAUAUCAGAUUCAUUAAAAAGAAAGCAAUCUGGAUCCCCAGAUUUAUCACAAGCAAAGAAAUUGAAAUUGGAUAAUUUUAAUUUAGUACCAGUAACUUCUUAUAUUCCAGGAGCCAGUGAAUCUGGAAUCACAGAAGAUGCAGUUAGACGUUAUCUCAUGCGCAAACCAAUGACAACGACGGAACUUUUGCAAAAGUUUAAAUCCAAGAAAACUGGUCUUACUUCUGAACAGUUAGUUAAUGUAAUGACUCAAAUAUUAAAAAAGAUCAAUCCAACCAAGCAGACAAUAAAAAAUAAAAUGUAUUUAUCUAUUAAAACACAAUCUAAUUAAUGUUUGCAUAAUAUUUUUAUA